GCGGUGGUUUCCAUGUGACGUCAAAAUAUGAUAAAUGACAAUUAAAAUUCAUGGAUUGAAUCGCAGCACCACCAUCUAUGAAUAUCAUUGCUCAAUCAUCAUCGACGGUACACUCAAACAAAUUUGAUGCGUGCGAAUAGCGAACUGUUUGCUUUUUGAAAUCACUCCUUGGAAUUGAAGCAUAUCCGAAGACCAAUACUAUUUCACGUGUUCUAACUAGAUUAAAUUAACAUAAAAGAGUUCUCAUAAUGGGAUAAACUUUAAGUUUGUUUGGGUUUGGAGCGAUGAAAAGGUUGAAGAAGGGAGGAUUUAGUCCUCGUCACAGCCCUGUCCCACCUACUGCAAGCUCCGAAAGUUAUCACAAGACAAGCGACAGGAUUAAGGAAACCCAAGAGGUCUGCGGAAUAAUACAGGAUUUAGAGAUCCCUCGAACACAGUUGAACCUCAUGGAGCAGAUUGGAGCUGGUGCGUUUGGUGUUGUUUACCAAGCUACACUUCAGAGAGGCACUCUUUUCCUUUCAACAGAUAACAACACUGAAGUGGUGGCGGUUAAGUACGCGCGGGUAAGCAACGAGAUCGAUAGUGACGAGGAGGAGCGCAAACUCCACGCUGAACUACUUAUUAUGCAGCAGAUUGGGAACCACCCGAACAUCGUCAAACUCAUCGGCGCAUGCUCCGUCGAGAAACCGCUGCUCGUAGUGACCGAGUACCUCUCUGGCGGCAAUCUGCUGGAUCACGUGCGGCGAAUGCGGGCUCAAAAUGGGCUGAUCUAUGCGGAUGUUAGCGAGCAUGAGCUGUUGAGGCUGGCAUUGGGAGUAUGUGAAGGGUUAGUCCACAUAGCGGAAUGUGGAAUUAUACACGGGGACCUAGCCGCCAGGAAUAUCCUCCUUGACAGCCAUGCAAACCCAAAACUCGCGGACUUUGGAUUCUCAAGAGACAAUAAAGCCAGUAAAGUGCUAAGCUCGGGAAAACAGGAUAAGCAGCGUAAAUUCCCAGUUAAAUGGAUGGCACUAGAGUUACUCCAUCAUAACAUUUUCACAAGGAAAUCGGACGUCUGGUCGUAUGGUGUCGUGCUAUGGGAGAUAUUUACCCUGGGGGGGUCCCCUUACCCAGGAGUGCCCUCCCGGUAUUUGUUAAAACGAUUACUAACUGGGUAUCGCAUGGAGAAGCCAUUGCACUGCCCAGAUGAGCUGUAUGACGUCAUGUUGUCGUGCUGGGAGGAGGAGCCUAUCAAGAGGAUCGGAUUUCCCGAGGUGCACCUCGCGCUCACACGCCUAUUGACCUUUUCUGACAGGCGUGAUUUCAUCGAGAUAGAAACAAUGAAGAACUGUUAUCCGUACAUUGAGUUGAGCGGUAGUAACGACCUUCUGAUGCCAAGCUAGCGUAGAAGACAUGAUCGAAACACUAUUGAGUUGGGUGGUAGAUCGUCUGAAGACAAGCCAUGGGACGACAAGAUGGAAUAACUAAAGAGCUAUUGUCUAUGAAUUGAGUUUGGUCGUAGCAAUGACUUUCUAUGAUGUAAUAAUAAUAAUAAUCGAUUUUUAUAGCGCCACUUCUACUAUGAAUCCAGUGGCGCUUUACAAUAUAAAAAUUAAGGUAACAAUAUUUUAUAUAAAUUAUUAAAAACUUAGUAACUUAGACUAAACUAACAACUGACUAACUAAUCAGCAAACUAACUAAUUAACUAACUAACUAACUGACUAACUAACUAACUAGCUAGCAGACGACAAGAUGGAAACACGAUAGAUCGCCCAGCACCAAGCUACUAGAUGACAUGGUGGUAUCACCGAAGAGCUGUUAUCCGUACAUUUAGUUGGGUGGUAGAUUUCCGCCAAGCUAGCAUAGACGACAUGAUGGAGAUGGGUGAGAAUAACGACCUCUGGUGUCUUGUGCUAGACAAACUAACAUUAAGAGGACCUGAAGGGCAACGUUGCGCUGUCUGUUCACCAUGUUACAUGCGGUGCUGAGAUGUAUUGCAUGAUGUAUUGCAAGAGCUGCGUGGUGUUGAAAAGUAAUUGAAUGUUUUGUUUUGUCGGCAGAUCAA